UUCUUCAGAAUGGUCUUAAGCUGUAUGAAGAUGACUGUGUUUGUGGUCAGUGUGCUGCUCCUGGUGACUGUUUCUGUGUCUGUACAGAUGCGUAUCAGUGGACAGGUUCUGCCCCUGGACAUGGCUGAAGGCUCUGUGGACGACUCCUAUGAAGGCUGUAAAGACCCAAUGUUUAAAUUAGUAAACUCAAAAUACAUUGAAGAGGAAAAUAAUGCAACUGCUUUUUGCUCUGCCGGCUGGAAAAAGGCACCUAAUCACUACCAGAGCACUGGACUGGGGAGACAUCAGUCCACCGCCAUACGCAUGUACACAGAGAACUGCGUUUACCUCCAAUUCAACAACGCAUCUCGUAACGGAUCAGCAGAGUACAAAUCUGGAGACUUUCAGUUUUACUCUCUGCACUUCUUCUUAACAGACGCCAUUCAGCAACUCAAACGAAACCAGACAGGGUGUUUAACCACAUAUCGCAGAACUAAUAUUAAAUUUCAAAAAGAUGUUCUCAAUAAAACCGUUCGAUUCGGGUCGUUUACCUCCACCUCUUUAAAACACAACUUACACGGAUUUGGUAGUACGUCCUGUUUUAAAGUGGAGACUUGUUUUGGAGCCAGUGUGGAAAAAUAUUCUGCAUUUCCAAGUGAGAGGGAGGUGCUGAUCCCCCCGUACGAGGUCUUUCGUGUAACUUCUAUUAAAAAGAACACGCACUGUAACGUGGUUUAUGAGCUCAAAAGUGUUGGAAAGAAGAGCAACCUUCAGUGCAUAAAAAUUAAAAACACAUCAACAGUAUUAGUUCCAUCCUUAUUUACACCAGUCCUGAUGUUUAACCUCCUACAUUCGGUUUUGUAAAUUAAAAUGGAAAUGUAGCCUAUAUCUAAUAUUUCUCAUUUUAGGAUUAAAAGUAAAGUAAUAUUAUAAGAAUUAUUAUCCCACAGUUAGUUCUGACCCUGCAAUGUGAUUGGCUGAGAGGCGUUUUAUGAGUGACAUUAUUAACUGGUAAUGCCCCGAAUGUCUCCCUGUAUUACUCCGCCACAUACAGGUAACCUAGCAACGAUGCAGCGCUUACACUUAGAUUUCCACAAUUUUGACUAAAAUGUCUGAAAAUAGAGACCUAGCAACCUAGCAACAAUGCAGCGCUUACAGCGCAGCUACAAACAGAGCAGCUAUGGAACUAUUUUAGAGUUUUUAUAACCAAACUGAUUGUAUUUCUCAUCUCCUUUAACUCAAAACCUUUUAAUAAACAGCGAUAAUAGAACUGUGGAAUAAUUGCAAUAAUACACUCGAGGUUUGUGCUAU